AUGCCCGUGGUCAGCUCCAGCCAAGCAAAUCAGGUCCUGGAGCUAGGCUCCACCCAAAAGGAUCUUGUUGACCAAUCGGGGACGAGUGUCAGCGAGGCCGAGGCUACAGAGAAGAAGCCGGAGAAGGGGUGUGGCCUGACGUCGUUUAAGAACGUGGCGUGGCGUGCGUUGUCUGUGUUUAGUGUAGAGAACCCUCACAACAUCGACCGCCAUGCUCGCACCAUGUUCCCCCUCACCUUCCUGGCGGUUAAUGUCUUCUACUGGCUCUACUAUCUCUUCAUCUGA